AUGGUGGUUAGAUCGUUAAUAUAUGGAGUUAUCGACAAAGUUCCUGUUGUCAACAACAUAAACCAUUUUAUUCAAGAACGACUGCAAAUGACAGAUGCAUCAAGUACCAGUUCAUCAGACUCGAAUAGUGACGAUGCCGACUCAGAUGAAAUGACUGAUGAUGAGAACUUGCAAGAAGUUGUACUUCCACAAUCACCGAAACAAAAGAUUCAUGCCAAGAUCAUUAGAAAUAGAACAAAUUCACCAGUGUUGGACCCACAGUUAGUGGAACAGGGUGAACUAAAUGCAUUAUUCGACUCUCCAACCAAAAAAAGGGUAAGCGCAGUGGACAAAAGCCACAUCAAGCCUGUUUCAGCCAGAUUAUCGAAACGCAAAGCUGAAAAAGUGGAAAAGAUUGAAACCCCUGAUUUAGAUACUUUAACGAGUCCAACAUUGGUAGAUGAAAGUGAUCUGGUAUCAACGCCACAACAAACUGCGUUAUCCUCAUUUAGUGAACAACAAAGAGGAUCAGCUAAAGAAGGCAAGAAAUAUCAUGUUGAACAAUACAUGAAUGAUCAAAAUAGCAAGUUUAACGAGUUGAUAACUAACAAUAUUGGAGCUGUAUUAAAGGAAGAUGAUGACGAAGAACAAGAAGAAGAGCUGGACAAUAUUGUGUUCAACUACAAUAAAGAUUUAAACCCCGGCGUGGCUUUAUUGUCCAUGGUUUAUGACAAUCGAAAAGUCAUUGCUUCUUCAGUUUACAAAUAUGGAAAACAACAAGUUAGUUCAAGAUUGCCAUAUAUUCCGUUCAUAAAUCCCAAGAAGGUGGUAACUCAAGAAGAAACUAAUGAGUAUCUUGUAGGAAAUAAGCAAGAAAGGUUAUCGAGUCCAUUUGCAUCACCACUUCUUGGGAAAGCAUUGAUGACAUUGGACAGUUCGCGAGCAGUUACAAAACUACAACAAGAUGAAGAGAUUAGUGUUGAUUUAAGUCAACAAAACAUCCUAGAUCAACAGAAAUUUGAUCAAUUAAUGACCAACCUUGAUGAUGAAGUUAAAAUCGACAUUUUCUUGGAUUCAUUGGAUGAAAAAACCAAAAUCAACUUGUUACAUCUGUUGCGCAAGGAUUUAAACAUGUAUAAUGAUCAAGAUGCCACACUAUCACCCCAAUCAGCAGUUAAAACCCUUUACUAUAAUGAAAACAUCUCCACUAUAGACAAGGUGCAAAUAUUCAUCAUUAUAUCAGUCAAGCUAUUCAUCACUGGUAUUAAGUUGUUCAUACCGAUAACCAGAUACUUGGUGUACAAAUUCCAACAAAAUCAAAUGUACAUAUUCAAUGCUAAAAACAUGAAUAAAUUUUUCAAUUUUUUGAUCAAGUUUAUGAAUUAUCUUGAUUUGAAAUUGAAUGAUAAUCAACAAUUGAUUAAUCAGUUAUCGAAACAGGAUUAUGUCAAAACGGAAGAAAACAUUGAAGAAAUGUUUAAUGAUUUCAACAAGAGAACAAAGCUGUAUUUCAAACCAAAAUAUUUCAAGGACAAGUUUAUUGCCAAGGAUGAUUAUGUUAAACGAGGAAUGUUUGAUUUGGUAAUGAAGAAUGUGGUUAGUGAUGGAGAAGAAGAAGAGGAUGAGGAAGUUGAAGUAGCAGCAAGAAAGAUGGUUAAGAAUUAUGAACAAGAUCCCAACUAUGCUAUGUAUUUCACUGGUAAAUCAAUUGAUUCAUCAGCAAGAGAAAGUGAAACUGGAAGUUUUAUUGACGAGGAAGAUGAAGUGGAUGAUUAUGAGAAGGAUGAAGAAGGGGAAGAAGAGAGUGAUGCGUAUGCUACUGCAACUAGUAAACGAUCUGGCUCCUUUUCAGAUGCUAGUCGCCAAUCUAGUUUUUCACGUCAAAGGAAAUACAUGAGAUACUAA